CUGAUUGGGGGCCAGGGGUGACUUGCCAGAGGGAAAGCCCCCCGGCCCCAUUUCUCCCUCGGGGUCUUGGCCAGGAUGUUCCUCCUGGACCUCUUGGCGACCGUCCUGCUGGCCCGGGGGCCUUGGGGGGCUCUGGCCUUUGCUCCGAAGGUGGGCGACGUGGGCAAGCGGGGAAGCCUGGCAGACCCCCAGGUGCCUCUUUGGGGUAAGGCUGUACUCGCCAGGUGGCUCCCCGCAGAAACGCCCGGCUGCCAGAUUGGCAAAAGCCGCCCAGUGAAAAACUAGCUGGGGAGUUUUCAAGUUUCUAGUCCUUUGUGAGUGCAGGAGUGCCGCCACUUGCCUUGAAGGCGCCCAAAAGAGCUGGAGAGAGGGACUUGGGUUUGGCAUGGGGUUGCCCCAAAAGCAGCAAACCUCUCUCCUUGAAACGAGGCUCUGAAUCUCCAGGUCACGGGUUCGAGUUGGCGAAAGAUUCCUUCAUUGCAGGGGGUUGAAUUGGAUCACCCUCAGGGUCCCUUCCAACUCAACAAUUCUGUAACAAGGGGAUAGUGCUGUAAAUAAACCAUCCUGUGCACCACCAUAGCUUGGAGUUUAAUGAAAUAUUACUCCUUUUUGCCAAUUAUUUUUUAUUGAUUUUCCAUAAUUUUAAACAAAUUAUCACCAGAUUAGUAAAAAUUUAAUACAAAUUUAAGAGCUGACUGCUCCCCAGUUUUUUGUUCUUUUCCCUUCCCUCUGUUGCUGCUCCAGAUCCAAUAGCUUUUCCAACUUCCAUUUCAAAAUCCACUCAUCCCUUCUCCCUGCACAUCGCCUGUAAUGUGCCAGUUUUAUCCAUUAUUAUAUCCUGGCCCUCAAAAUAGUUGAGUAGAGUCAAUCCUCUUUUAUCUAUCUGUAAUAGUCAUCAAGUCCAUCUUAAAUCAUUUGCCUCCCAUACCUCUGUCUGGGGCAGCACUGCCUGAGAAAGACAGAUCCUUCGGAGUUUAAUGAAAUAUAUCAAGUUUUGUGUUUUAGGUUCUGCCAAAUGCAUCCAGUAGGCUGGGGUAGGGGUAGGGGUGGGUCUUUCUCAUUUUAUUUUACUUUUUGCAAGAGAGACUCUGUGGGUCUUUGUGGAUGCAAUUGUAAGAGACAAAUUCUGUUCGCCUCGCUGGCUUUGAGCUGCAAGACGCCCCGAGCUGGUGAAACCCAAACGGCUGCCAACUGCCGCUGGAUCCUUGUGAAAUGAGCAAGCUUUUUGAAAAGGGCGCCCAAGAUCCAGGAAACGUAGCGUGGCUGCAGCGCCUGGUUAAGCCACCUGCCCCAUGGAUAGGGGGCACAGAUUCUCCUCAAAUGCCCUUUCAAAAUAUGUUGUCGAGGGGGGAUUGUGCAUUUGGUUCUUAUCUUUUAUUUAUUAUUAAUCAAUUAAUUGAAUUAGUAUCUCACCCUGUGCCUGCAGGUCUCAUUUUAUGCAUUUUACGCUUUUAUCUUGUGAUUUUAUCUUAUGAACCACCCGAGACCUGCAGGGAUAGGGUAGUGUACAAAUUUAAUUAACAACAACAACCAAACUAAUCUUAAAAAUAAAAUAAACCCGGAAGGUUGACCUUUCACCUUAAUGCCACCUGCCUCAACUUAGCUCCCUCUCUCCUUCCAGCUCUGGAUACCCCAAGCGCCAGCCACUGCUCAUCCGUCCCGGCCCCCGACAGGCUCCCUUGCGGCCCCCACCAAGUGCAGCAGGCGGAGUGUGUGGGCCUGGGCUGCUGCUACAACCCGACAGAGAGGGGGGUGCCUUGCUAUUACGCCAAAAAAGGUGCGUUGGGUUUGGGGGUCCUGCUGAGCCGGGAAAGAUUUCCCCCUCUCUUGCGACACUUGAACUCGCAGCUGUGCAACGAAGAGGAAUUUCCUGGUGGCCAUUGCGGCCUCCUGUGGCAGGGAGUUCCACAGUUCAACUGUGCUGCUUGAAGAAGUCCUUUUUCCCCCCUGUCCCAAAUCUUCCUUGGACAUCCCUGAGCUCCACUCUUUGCUCCAAGGCCUUUCCCUCCUCCAGCAAUUUCUCCAGCUGCUGGGGAAUGGAGAGUGCUGCUCUUACACGCUGCUCCUUCUUGCCCAUUUUCAUCGGGGCAUCAGGCUGACCCCUGUGGGGGCAGGAGGCAGCACUAGAUGGGCCCCCGUGGGCCUGAUCCAGCAGGCUCUUCUGCUCUUGAGCUUGGCGACCAUCGUUUCCUCCUGUGGCAGGGAGUUCCACAGUUUGCGUUGCUUGAAGAAGACCUUUGAAUCUUCCAGCGUCCGGCUUCCUUGUCCGGCCACAAGUUCUAGUGUUGCAAGAGAGAGGGGGGAAAUCUAUUCUCUGUCUGCUGCAUAAUUGUACUGUAUAAUGUUUUGUCCUUGUAUAAUCUUUGGAGUGGGCAGGGUAUAAAUAAUGAAAAUUGUAUUGUUUAUUAUAAUCCCUUUGCCUUUUCUCUCCACAAAGAAGCCCCCAAUGCUGCGACUGUUCCUCCAUCGCAAAGAACUGGGCCUUUUGCAGGGAUUAACUGGUGACUUCUCUUGUGAUAUGAGCCAGAGAGGACCCCAGGGGUAAUCUAUCCCAACCCCCUGCUGUGCCAUAAUCUUGGGGAUCUGUUCUGAAUUUUAAAAAAGCAACCAAAUUAUCAUUAUCAAUUUUACAAAUUUGCACAAUAUUUUACCAAAUACAAACCUUACCUUCAUUAUCAACUUCCCUUCCCCUUCCAUUGAUCAUUUGACUAACCUUUUACCUCUGAAUAUUCUAAUUAUUCCAUAUUCUCUCUCUCUCUGUUUUACAACUGAAACAACUACCAGACUUUUAGAAGACAUCUGAAGGCAGCCCUGUUUAGGGAAGCUUUUAAUGUUUAAUAGACUAUUGUAUUUUAAUAUUCUGUUGGAAGCCACCCAUAGUGGCUGGGGAAACCCAGCCAGAUGGGCCGGGUAUAAAUAAUAUAUUAUAUUAUAUUAUAUUAUAUUAUAUUAUAUUAUAUUAUUAUAUUAAUUUAUUUAUUUAUUGCUUAGUGCUGAAUUUAUCAUAAUCCUGUUAAUGUUUUAAUAUGUCUACAAUGAUUUUUCAAAUAUUCUGCAUGACAUUUCCAGUCUUCCUUGAGGAUUCUUUCAUCUUACUCUACUAGCCACUUCUAUAUAUUCUGUCAAUUCCAUCUGCUAUUCCUCCUUUGUUGGUGUUGUGCCCUCCAUUUCUGCACGGGCACCAUAUGUGCUGCCAUGGUUGCGUGCAGAAAGAGAUUGAUUCUGCUUGAUUCUGAAGGUUCCCUUCCUCUCUUCCCGCUCUGCCCGCCAGUGACUGCCCGCUGCACCCCGGACGGCCACUUCUCCAUUGCGCUCUCCCGCCACGCCACGCGCCCCCCCCUCCGCUUGGGCUCUGUGCGCCUGGCCACUGGUCAGGGGGAGCGCUGCGCCCCGGCCUCCAGGAACAACGGCUUCGUCUUCUUCCAGUUCCCGCUGUCCGCCUGCGGGACCACCUUCAAGGUAACGGGUGGGGAGACACACGGGUGUUGCCACCCGGCCAGAAUUGCUCUCUUCCGCUUCUCUCUGUGGGCAGAGAUGCUUUGGGGAGCAGAGGAAGGCGCUGCUUCCCUAAAACAAAAGAAAGCUUCUAGACCUCAUGGAUGGGGGGGGGGAGAGAUUUAAACAGGGACUUGGGAGGCUGUGGGGUACAGAAUCAGACCCUUGGCUCGCCUGGGCGAUGAAGCCACUAUUUUGCAAAGUUACAAAUCCAGCCGCUAAUGAUAAUCGUAAUAAUUUUAUUAAGUGUACCCCACCAAUCUGACUGGCUUAUUCUUACGCAUUUAAUUUCUAUACUGCUUUAUAUUUUAAAGAAAAAAAUCUCGAAGCGGUUUGCAACACAUGAAAACAUUGAAAUGGAACAACUCGGAACGAAACAAAUUCAUGUUGUUCAGCACCCUGAGAUCUGUGGGUUUAGGGCGGUAUACAAAUGUACCGGUAUAUAAUACUGAAAUUCCCGCUUGCCCAGCCACUUGGGGCAGCUUCCCACAGAAUAGAAGAGCCCAAAGACACCUUCCUUGCCCAGGGCUGCCUUCCGAUGUUUUCUGAGUGUCCUGUGGCUGUUCCUCGCUGAUAAACAGGAGGGUGACCGCAGGAAAGCAGGCCUGUCUCUAGGCGGCCGGGUCUUUUUUGGCAGCCGGGGAAAGGGCUGUGUUUAUAUGUAGUCCCCCCCCUGCCGGGAGGGUCCCCCCCACCAAUGGCCUUCCUUUCUCUGCCCAGGAAUCCGGCAGCCGACACGUGUAUGAGAAUGAGCUGGUGGCAGACAGGCAGGUCUUGGCGUCCCCGUUGGGCUCCAUCACCCGUGACAGCGACUUCAGGUAGGAAGUGGGGAAGCUGGUGCGGCAGAACAAUCGGGAGCCGAGGGCCGGAGCCGAGGGCCGGAGCGCCUGCUUGGCAUGCAGAAGGCUUGGUGCUCCUUAUUCCUGCGUCCUCCCCUUGGAACAAGGAGGACUAGACUCUUCAAUAAUAAUAAUAAUCAUAAUAAUAAUAAAAAUACAAAAACCCCAAUGAUUUCCUUGCUCUCUGGCAGGCUGACCGUCCGCUGCAGCUACUCUGCAGAGGAUUCUCUCCCGGUCGGCGUCCAGAUUGCCACUCCGCCUCCGCCAGCCGGGGUCGCCGAGCAAGGACCCCUAACGCUGGAGAUGAGGCUGGCUCGAGGUGAGGGGCUGGUUUGGGGGGCUGGAGUGGGGAGCCCCAAUAAAGCACCAUUGGCUCUCGUGGGGUCUCUGCUGCCCCUGUGCUGGGAGAGGGUCUUGGCUCAGGGAUGUAGUGGCAAACUCAGAAGUUUUCCUCUUCCCUCCCUCUCCCUCUUUCCUUGUGUGCUGCACUUUGGGGGGGUGAGAUCAUAAGCUUGCAAGUAGGGACUAUCUUGAUCUUAUGGCAUACCUGUUUCUAUUUCUAUGCCACCUUUCCACAGUUCAAACCAUGCUCCAGGUGGCUUAGAAUGUGAGACAAAUAACUGCAGCAUAACAAAAGUAGUCAUAAUUGAUAAAUGCAGCAUCAAAAAAUGCACAACCAAUCGGAACAAUUUCUAGCAGCUCUGGGAGGCUUUUUGGCUGAAGAAGGGGGUGUGAAUCCUUGAAAUAAAUAUAUUCAAAAGGGUCUUGCUUCUAAAAAUGCACCACCUUCUAAGAUUAUACCAGAUUCUUAUAAUUAUGGAAUCAUCCAGCCAGUUUUUAAAGCCUCCAAACAGAUACGCACAAUGCAAUGUCAGAUGAAAUCUGUGAAACUUUAAAAUCAAUUUCUCAAACCCACCAAAAAUUUAAAGUCAGGGGGAAAGGGUCUCCCCCUGGUUGGCUGGGGAGCAGAGGGCCCUAUCUGCGCCCUGCUGGUGGGACAGGAUCCUUCCUCCCGGUCUUGAACGUAAACUGCACGUAAGAAGAGCUGGAUCAGGCCCAAGGGGGCCCAUCCUGUUCUCACAGGGGCCAAGUGCCCCAGAGAACUGGGGAGUCUAGAUAGACUGUCUCUGGAGCUGGAGCUUCCGUUAGGGCAUUGGAAGACCCUUGCAGCUGGGUUGGGCAAAGUGGGGCCCGUCUGGCCCGGCAUCCUCUGCUCAAGUGGCCAACCAGAUGCCCCAGUCAGAAGCCUGCAAGCAGGAUCUGAGUGUGAGAGCAGCUCUCUCCUCUUGUAGUUCCCAGUAAAUGGUAUUCGGAAAAAUGGAGGCCUCCAACUGCGAAGGCAGAGUAAGCCCAUCCAUAGCCGCCGCCGCCUCCUCCAUGAAUCCACAUUUUAAAACCAUCCAGGUCAUCCUUAUCGUCUGUGGCAGGGAGUUCCACAGCUUAACUAAGAAGUCCUUCCUUUUAUCCGUCCUGAUAGCAUUCAGCUCCACUGGCUUGUCCACGAGUUCUAGUCUUGCAAGAGAGGGAGGGAAGCUUUCCUCAAUCCACUUUCCGUGCCCAGCAGAAUCAUCGUGGAGACGGACGGGACCCCGAGGGUCAUCCAGCCCAACCCUCUGCAAGGCAGGAAUAUUUUUGCCCAACAUGGGGCUCAAACCCACAACCCUGAGAGUCUCCUGCUCUCCCGACUGAACCAUCACCACCUCCUGUGGCAGGGAGUUCCAAACUCUGCGCUGCAGGAAGGAGGACUUCCUGAGACUCCCAGCUUCCCUAGAUGCCCAUGAGUUCGGGUCUCUCCAGAGGCAGAGAAGGAAACCUUUUCUCCAUCCAGUAAUUUUUCCAACUUCUUUCCCUCCCCAGAUGCCACGUAUUCCUCCUAUUACUCCGGCCUGGACUACCCCGUGGUGAAGGUCCUGCGAGCCCCGGUCCAUGUCGAAGUGCGUCUCCUUGCCAGGACGGAUCCAGCCCUAGUCCUGGUCUUGCAUGACUGCUGGGCCACCCCCAGCACAAACCCCUUGCAGAAACCACAGUGGCUGCUGCUGGAGGAUGGGUCAGUGCUGGCUGGGCACAGGGGCGGAGACUUACGGGGUAACGAAAAUGGGCGCAGGGGUGUUUGUGGCGAGCCGGCUCGGUUUUCCAGAAAGACUCCAGCUUCUAGUUAAAUAAUAACAUUUUAUUAUUUAUACUCUGCCCAUCCAUCUGGGUUUCCCCAGCCACUCUGGGCAGCUCCCAAAAGAUUAAAAACAGAAUAAAACAUCAAAACACUAAAAACUUCCCUAAACAGGGCUGCCUUCAGAUGUCUUCUAAAAGUCAGAUACUUGCUUAUUUCCUUGACAUCUGAUGGGAGGGCAUUCCACAGGGCGGGCGCCACCACCGAGAAGGCCCUCUGCCUGGUUCCCUGUGACCUCAUUUCUUGCAGUGAGGGAAUCAGCAGAAGACCCUCAGAGGAGGACCUCGGUGUCUGGGCUGAACAAAGGGGGUGGAGACGCUCCUUUUUAGAGCAAGCAUAGGCAAACUCGGCCCUCCGUAUGUUUUGGGACUAUAACUCCCAUCAUCCCUGACGGCUGGUCCUGUUAGCUAGGGAUGCUGGGAGUUGUAGUCCCAAAACAUAUGGAGGGCCGAGUUUGCCUCUGCCUGGUUUCAUAGAAUCAUAGAGUUGGAAUAGACCACAAGGGCCAUCGAGUCCAACCCCCUGCCAAGCAGGAAACACCAUCAGAGCACUCCUGACAUAUGGUUGUCAAGCCUCUGCUUAAAGACCUCCAAAGAAGGAGACUCCGCCACACUCCUUGGCAGCAAAUUCCACUGUCAAACAGCUCUUACUGUCAGGAAGUUCUUCCUAAUGUUUAGGUGGAAUCUUCUUUCUUGUAGUUUGGAUCCAUUGCUCUGUGUCCGCUUCUCUGGAGCAGCAGAAAACAACCUUUCUCCCUCCUCUAUGUGACAUCCUUUUAUAUAUUUGAACAUGGCUAUCAUAUCACCCCUUAACCUCCUCUUCUCCAGGCUAAACAUGCCCAGCUCCCUUAGCCGUUCCUCAUAAGGCAUCAUUUCCAGGCCUUUGACCAUUUUGGUUGCCCUCCUCUGGACACGUUCCAGUUUGUCAGUGUCCUUCUUGAACUGUGGUGCCCAGAACUGGACACAGUACUCCAGGUGAGGUCUGACCAGAGCAGAAUACAGUGGCACUAUUACUUCCCUUGAUCUAGAUGCUAUACUCCUAUUGAUGCAGCCCAGAAUUGCAUUGGCUUUUUUAGCUGCCGCGUCACACUGUUGGCUCAUGUCAGGUUUGUGGUCAACCAAGACUCCUAGAUCCUUUUCACAUGUACUGCUCUCAAGCCAGGUGUCACCCAUCUUGUAUUUGUGCCUCUCAUUUUUUCUGCCCAAGUGCAAUACUUUACAUUUCUCCCUGUUAAAAUUCAUCUUGUUUGUUUUGGCCCAGUUCUCUAAUCUGUCAAGGUCGUUUUGAAGUGUGAUCCUGUCCUCUGGGGUGUUAGCCACCCCUCCCAGUUUGGUGUCAUCUGCAAAUUUGAUCAGGAUGCCCUUGAGUCCAUCAUCCAAGUCGUUGAUAAAGAUGUUGAAUAAGACCGGGCCCAAGACAGAACCCUGUGGCACCCCACUAGUCACUCUUCUCCAGGAUGAAGAGGAACCAUUGAUGAGCACCCUUUGGGUUUGGUCAGUCAGCCAGUUACAAAUCCACUGAGUGGUAGCAUAGUCAAGACCGCAUUUUACCAGCUUCUUUACAAGAAUAUCAUGGGGCACCUUGUCAAAUGCCUUGCUGAAAUCAAGGUAGGCUACAUCCACUGGUUUAGGGCUUUAAAGGUCAUCACUAACACUAGAACUAGCUGCUCGGCUUCCUUUCCAUGAAACCUCAGGACAAAAGGGUCUCAUGGUGGCUUUCUGGCUGCACUGCCUACCCAACCCUCUUGCUAAGUAUAAUUUUUAUACUUACCGUUUUAUUUUAGAAUUGUUUGAUUCCCACUGAAAUGGAGAAUGCCCGGUUGUGCGUUGCUAGAGGCUUUAACGUGGGGAUUUUCCGUGGGGCGAUAUUAAGGUCUCUGAGCUCCUAAGUGGGUUGAUAAUCAGCUUUGGUUGUUCUCUGCAGGCUAAUCUGUGAGUCUUUAACCUUAGAUCACAGGGGAGGCUGUGGAUCAGCGUUAGAAACUCAGAUAUAUAAGCUAAUCACCAAACGGCACCUGAAACACAAGUUGUGGUCACCACAGCGGAAUGUCUAGGCACCUUUUUUUUCCUGUGGAAUUUAUUAUUAUUUAGAAAACUUACUAUUUAUCUCUUUACCCAGUUUUCUAGUCUUCUGGUGGUAGCUCCAUAUAGUGAUGGCCUAGUUGUUCAUACUGAAUCCUCAUAUUACGUCUCCAGAACCCAUUGUAGUGGAUUACACAAGUUUGUAAUCUAUCAUUAUUCUUAAUCCUGUUUUAUAUUUUAAAGAAGAAAAACUCUCAAAGUGAUUUGCAGCACAUUAGAUCAUUAUAUAAAACUAUCCAGAAUGAAACAAAUUCAGGCUUCAAGGAAAGUAUUUCAGAUCCUUCUCUCAGGGACAUUUUGCUUUCCCUGUAUAGAACUUCCCCCUUGCAGAAGGACUCUAGGAAGCCAGUGGGGUGUAGUGGUUAGAGUGUUGGAUGAGGACCUGGGAGAUCAGGGUUCAAAUCCCCACUCCAUCAUGAAGCUUGCUGGGAGAACCUGGCGUCAGUUGUGGCCUUUUCACCUACCUCACAGGGUCGUUGUGGGGAUUAACUGAGGAAGGGAGUGACCCAUGGACUCUCUGGAGGAAAAAAGUGGGAUAUAAAUGCAGUCAGUGAGCUCUUCUGUUGACCUGCUUAAGGAAGCUGGAGAGGCCAGUCGCCAACCUGGCGCCCAGAGAUCUCCACAGGGUCGCAAUUGGACCCACAUCAGUUGCAAAACGCACCUGGCACCUGGGGGAUUUCUAGCACUGCUGGAAGGGCGGUGCCUGGAAUCUUUCUCCCCCCCCCCCCCCGGCUGCAACGAAGGUGAGACAAAGUUUUGACCUCAGUCCUGUUGAAAUGCUGAGCCGAUGUCUGACAGAACUAUAGUAUUGCUAUGCACCUUUGGGGUUUCUGCUCAAAGUUCUGCAAGGAAAGUUUUGGGCGAUGUUUGAUGGGUCUCGAUGCGAAAGGAGUCCUUUCUGAUGUGCCCAGUCUCUUCUAGCCACGCAAUCUCAAGACCGCCAAUCCCUCUUGCUCUGCCUCAGGUGCCCCUACAAGGGAGACAACUACCGGACGCAGCUUGUGCCCAUCGGGGCCGACUCUGGGCUGCCCUUUCCAACGCACUACCAGCGCUUUGUGGUCAGCACUUUCACAUUUGUAGAUGGCGCUUCCCAGCAGGUGCUCUCUGGGCAGGUAAAGUCUUCCGCAGUGGCACCGGGUUGCGGGGGUGGAGCUGACCGUCCCUGCAAGGAGAGAUCUAGGGUUUUUUUUGGGGGGGUGCGUGCGCACACGUGAGAAAUCUGAGGCAAUUUGCACUUAAAGCCCAGUCUGCUGGCAGAAUGCACCAGCCAAAGCGUGGAGCCGUUCUGUUGAACUUUGGAUCUCUGCAGAUCCUGCAAUGCACUUCUCUCGCCAAAGAUGCCAAGUUGCAAAAAGUAGGGGUAAUGUGUGUUACCCCCAAAUGGUUUCUCAAAGGGUGUGGAGGGCUCCCCUGGUGUGGCAAGAGAAGAUGGCCAGUGUGGUGGGAAAAGGAGGAGCAUAAUAAUUGAAAACAGCAAAGACAUGAUGAAGAGAGCACAGCAGAGCUUAUAUUGUCUGAGAAUCCUCUGGAAAAAUAAUCUCUCAAAGGACCUGUUGAUGGCAUUUUACCAUUGGACUGUGGAGAGUGUAUUAACUUGUGGUCUGCAUGUGGUUUGGGAGCAGCACAGUCAGGGGAAAAACAAUGUUGUCCAGGGUUGUAAAGACUGUGGGGAGAGUAAUUGGGUGCACUCUUCCCACCUUGGAUCAAAUCUAUGCUUCCAGGUAUCAUAAGAAAGCUGCAGAGAUAGCGCAGGAUAGUGCGCACCCCGGAAAUGAUCUUUUUCAGCUUCUGCUUUCUGGAAGAAGGUCCAGGGUUAUAAAGACUAGGACUAGCCGCCUGAGAAACAGUUUCUAUCCAAAUGCGAUUUUGGUUUUAAACACAGUGUAAGGCAGUCUCUGUGGGAGUAUAUUGUAUUUAAUUAUGGGAUAUCAGAGUUUUUAGGGGGCUAACCAGGUUGGGAUAGCAGACUUGUUGGUUUUGAAUGUCUGAUGUAGAUUUUUUCCAUUUCAUUGUUCUGCAUGGGACAAUGACAAUAAAGACUAUCGUAUCGUAUCUCUCUCUCUGCCCCGCUUCCCCAAACCAGGUCUACUUCCACUGCAGCGCUUCCGCCUGCGCCCCAUCCGCCCUGGAGAGCUGCCGCAUUUCCUGCAACACAAAUCCUCUUGGCAGGAGUGAGUCCCCGUUUAUUUCUGAGGCUGUGGGGGGAUUUGGGGGCAGGGCCAGGCCACGUAGUGGGAGUUCGUUGCACGGCUGUCGUCCAGGUGCUUCCCCCCACCCUGAACCCCCCCAACGUGUUUCUCCUGCCUCCAGGCCGCAGAGCAUCGUCUGGGCAGCGCCGUCUCCCUGAGAAGUGGCUGACUCUGGUGACAUCAGACGGCCCUGUGAACUUCUUUCACAAGGACGCGGACACGGUCGUUCACGAAGGUAACGUGGGAGGCAAAAUUUUUUGGGGAGUAGAUUUUAUUCAGUUGUCCCCCACCAGUCGUGAUGCUAGAAAAAGCUUUUACUUGGUCAGGCUAUCAGCAGCCUCUUUGCGAAAAAGAAUAAAAUAAUAUUCUAUAUAAAAAAGGACACAAGUGGCCUCUGGGGAGAGACCCUGGGAGUCUCCAGCCCUAUAAACCUCCCCGGCUCAUGCAGAGGCCUUCCUAGCCUUUGCUUUGCACGUGCUCAGGAAUUAAGUGGCAUCCUCUUUGGGGCUAGAUGCCCGAUUCAGCCAGAAGAACAGGGCAUCUAUCUGGAGAUCUUCUAUUUCUUCGUUAUUAACUUUUUGACAUACUGCUUUUUAUUAUGAAUGUGUUUGGAUUUUAGUGCUCAAUAUGUUAAAAAACCUCCAAUAAACUUUUUAUAGAGAAAGAAAGAAAUCAUUUGCCCAACGCAUGACUCGAACCCACAACCCUGGGAUUAAGAGCCUUGCAUGCUACCAACUGAAGUUUUUAAGCUGCUGAAUGUGUCUGCAGCCUGAAUCUCUCUCUUAACCCUGCCUCUUUGGGGUUACUGUUAAUUCUACAUUUCUCUCUGUUUCUCUUAGUGUCCCCCAAAUCCCUCUACCCUUCGACCUUGAUGCAGUGGGACAACAUCCUCUUCCUGGUGGCCGGCCUGGUGGCCGUUCUGGCCGUGGGGAUGUUCUCAGUCGUCGCCCUGAAGAAGCACCAGGCGGCUCUGGGAGGCCAAAGCCUUCCUUAUGCGUGAGAGGAAAUAAAAUUGAGAGAGAAAAG